UAUCAGCAUUUCCAUUAGUAACCAUUAGAUACCAUUCGAAUGUGAGAAUUGAACCGGUAUAAAACUGAUGGAGCAUACAUCCGCCUCUUUAGUUCAUCAACAAUGAAGUUAGUGGUAAGAUAUCUCAUAAAAGUAUGAAGCAACGAAUCAUGGAUACUCGCGAUUUUCAGUUCAUAUUAAUAUGUGCCAUCUACUCGCUGACAUACCAAGUGCAUGGCAAAAUAAAAUUCGGUUCAUCACCUCUGUUCGAGAAUGUGUUCCUAUCAUCUGAUUUCGAGCAGAAAAACCUGGCAGGAUUAACGGAAUCGGAAUCUCUCAACUGCUUUCCACCAGCGGAUCGACACCACAGAUAUGAAUGGGCCGGUGGAUUCAACCAAAAGCAUAUUCUGGACGAACUGGAUAAAACUAACGAGGAAACGAACGACGAAAGUGAUUCAGAAAGUGAGGGGUUCGACGAAAAUAUUCUGAAGAAACGGAACGACAAGCAUGGCGAUCUAUCGGCGGAUUUAUUCUCUCAAUAUCCGUCGUCUUGUGCUUGCCAAACAAAGUACGAGCUGUUGGACUUGGGAUAUACACAUUUUCCUCGCUAUAUAGUGAAUGCCAUUUGCCAGAAUCGUAACAUCAAUAGCCGUAAAUGCUGGCGCGGAUCACGCUGCAAAGAAAUUCCGUACAAAGUACGCGUUCUGACUCAACGUGCAGAAGGAGAAUCAAUUGAGCAGGACCAUCAUUCUACGCUCCUCCCGGAACCGUUGCGAGACAUAUGGCGAUUCAAAACCGUCACCAUAGCAGCCGCUUGCCAAUGUUCGAUAUAGCUAUGCGAUCGGAACACAAGGAAUGAACCCUAAAUAAACGAACCUGGAUACCUCGAAAAAAUAUAUGCUAAACUUAUGUGUAUUGAGCAAUAAAUAAAUGUGUGGUACUGUUUGUUUAUCGCUGAA